UCUUGCACUUAUCAAUAGACACAAAAUUUUGUACACCUCUUUGUGUGUCCCCCUCCUCUCCCAACACCAAAGAUCUCAGAGUGGAAUGCUUCCCACCAAUAGAUGUUGUAAUGAGAGAUGAGAGAUCAAAGCCAAACCCAACAUUAAUUCUUCCCAUUUCUUCCCGAUUCCGAUAGGAAAGCCAAUGCCGCAUCCUGAAAAGCUCCCAAAAUCCGAUCUUGUAGCUGCCGGCAGCGCGAUCUCUGCCUCUCGAUCUCCAAGUGAUGCGCCCUGUUGCCGCCCUGCCGAUUUGGUAGCGUGUUCCUUUGCUUAGAGGCACUGGGGGGCCGGAUUCUCGUGUUAACGGCGCCGCCACGGCGACAGGGGUGAGGGCCGGCGACGAGCGACAGCUGGCGCGGCGGCGUCGGCUACAACGACGAUGCAGAUAAGGUUCUCUCCUAGCAUGAGAAGCAUCACAAUAUCCAGCAGCAAUGGAUUCCUUGACUUGAUGAAGGUGAAGGUCGCUGCCCGCCACUUCUCCUACCGGACCCUCUUCCACACCAUCCUCAUCCUCGCCUUCCUGUUGCCCUUUGUCUUUAUCCUCACCGCCGUCGUCACCCUCGAGGGCGUCAACAAGUGCUCUUCCUUCGAUUGUUUGGGGAGACGGCUAGGUCCGAGGUUUCUCGGUCGUGGUGGUGAUGAUUCCGUGAAGCUUGUUAAGGACUUGUACAAGAUACUUGACCAGGUAAACUCUGAGGAAAUUCUGGUUGACCAGAAACUUCCCGAAUCUUUCGGUGAGUUUCUUUCCGACAUGAAGAAUAACAAGUAUGAUGCCAAGACAUUUGCUGUAAGGUUGAAGGCGACGAUGGAAAAUAUGGCUAGAGAGGUAAAAAGAUCAAGACUAGCAGAACAACUGCACAAACAUUUUGCAGCAACUUCCAUUCCAAAAGGCAUACAUUGUCUCUCAUUACGCUUGACUGAUGAAUAUUCAUCCAAUGCCCAAGCACGUAAACAGUUGCCACCACCAGAGUUGCUACCUUUGCUCUCUGAUAACUUUUAUCACCAUUUUGUUAUAGCCACCGAUAACAUUCUUGCAGCUUCUGUUGUGGUCAACUCAGUUGUAGGAUCUUCAUUAGAGCCUGAAAGGGUUGUCUUCCAUGUCAUAACUGACAAGAAGACGUAUCCGGGUAUGCAUUCAUGGUUUGCCUUGAAUCCUCUUUCCCCUGCUAUAAUUGAGGUGAAAGGUGUUCACCAAUUUGACUGGUUAACAAGAGAAAAUGUACCUGUUCUUGAAGCUAUUGAAAAUCACCAUGGUGUUAGAAAUCAUUAUCUUGGAAAUCAUAUCAUGGGAGCCAAUGUUAGUGACAAUCCAAGGAUUUUUGCUUCUAAGUUGCAGGCGAGGAGUCCAAAAUAUAUCUCUCUGCUCAACCAUCUGCGCAUAUAUCUGCCUGAGCUCUUUCCAAAACUCAACAAGGUGGUAUUUCUUGAUGAUGAUGUUGUCAUUCAGCGUGACUUAUCACCACUGUGGGAGAUUGAUCUUUCUGGAAAAGUAAACGGUGCUGUAGAAACUUGCAAAGGUGAAGAUACAUGGGUGAUGGGUAAGCUCUUCAGGACAUAUUUCAACUUCUCUCAUCCCCUCAUAGCCAAUAAAUUGGAUCCUAAUGAGUGUGCAUGGGCAUAUGGGAUGAAUAUUUUUGACUUAAAUGCCUGGAGGAAGACGAGUAUUAAGGAGACAUACCAUUACUGGGUGAAGGAGAAUUUAAAGUCAAACCUGACACUGUGGAAGCUUGGAACAUUGCCACCAGCACUGAUAGCAUUCAGAGGUUAUGUGCAUCCUAUAGAUCCAUCAUGGCAUAUGCUAGGUUUGGGCUAUCAGGAAAAGACCGAUCUCGAUAGCGUGAGGAAGGCUGCUGUGAUCCACUACAAUGGCCAGUGCAAACCAUGGCUGGAAAUCGGAUAUAAGCACCUCCAGCCAUUUUGGACAAGGCAUGUAAAAUAUUCCAACGAGUUCAUAAGGAGCUGUCAUAUCUUGGAGCCUCAAUAACAAGAAGAAAACUGGACAGCAUUGAUAUCGAGUGACAUAAUAUUAGAGAUGCAAUGAUGGCUCAUGAUUCACUCAAGAUCUGAGAUUUGAGCGACGGAAUUCAGUUACCGUAGCAGUGCAGUAAAAUUGGGAAUGGACGUGUUCCUGGAAUACACAUCUGUUUGAGUGGCUGCGCUUCUGGCAACACCGAUGAUUCUAUUCAAUCUGUAAGAUUGUAACCAGUAUUUAUCAUAUCAAAGAUAGUUCUUCAAAGUGUUCUGGAGGGUGUAUUGCCGUCUUCUGGAACAAAUCAUUCUCUCCAAAUAUUGCUAGUGCUGGAGCAUUGGAUCGCAUGAUCGGUACAUGCUGAAGCCAGGAUUGGAUUGUCUUGUGAGGCAUGCAGAAUUUUCUUUUUCUUUUAUAUUUUUGAGGCUAUUUAUUUAUUUUACUUAAUCUUUGCUGUGGUUCUUUAUUUGUCCUCUAAAUUUAGAGGCCUUGGAUAAUUAAAAUUUCAGUAACCCCUUGGAGUAUCGGGGGAAAGUUUAGUAUUUCUUGAAUCAUAAGAUAUUGAAAUUAAUGUGCAGUUAAUUCUUUU